AUGUCACCAAUGACGGGAAAUUUCGUAAAGUGCACAGCUCGUUUCGACGGUAGUGAGCAUGCCAAUGUAGAAGCGUUUCUGGAUAAUAUUCUUACGUUCAAGGAAUGUACAUAUGUGAGCGACGACAAUGCACUACGUGGAUUGUCCAUAAUGUCCAUGUUACUUAAUGGUACUGCCGCAACUUGGUGGCAGGGAAUAAAAGCCUCGACUUUAAACUGGACCAAUGCAGUGCAAGCAUUAAAGGAUUCUUUCUCCAAAAAGCUACCGCCCUAUUUAAUUUUUCGAGAGAUAUUCGCGCGUGAACAAAACACGGAUGAACAGACCGAAUUGUUCGUUUGCAAGGUACGAGCAUUACUUGCACAGUUACCGUACACGCUGUCAGAAGAAGCUGAAUUAGAUAUGGUGUACGGAUUACUGCAACGGAAGAUAAGAAAAAGACUUCCGCGUAAUAGAUUUCAAACAUUUCAACAUUUGUUAAAAGAAACAAGAGAUAUUGAAGCUUCGUUGUUAGAAUCUAAGUUAAGUAGCGAUAACGAACAAACGAAGUCGCAUCCCGUGAGGAUGCAAGAACCGAAUCAAGUAAAAUCUGAGGUUAGACCCAAGUGCACGUUCUGCAAAAAUUUCGGCCACCUUCAGGCCGAUUGCCGAAAAUAUGAGAAACAUCUUGCUAGCCAAUCCAAAGAAAACAAAGCAAAUGUGGCAUCCAAACCUUCUUCUGCAGAUUAA